AUGCCAUCAGUUGUCAAGGAACUGUUAGGUUGGAUCAAGGCUGAUAAAGAGGAUAAAUGGUCGGAAAAAGCUAUAAAGUCGUUAGUCAAGAAAUUAAAACGUAACGGCGGCCUCAAUGAAUUACUCAAUGCUAUAUCGACGCAAUCUUCUGCUACGAAGUGUAUUCGUAUAAGGCGUAGUUUAGAUGGACGAUUGCAAGUAUGUCAGAAGAAGGGUCUACCCCAUGUUAUCUACUGUCGAUUAUGGCGUUGGCCCGAUCUGCAGAGCUGCUAUGAGUUAAGAGCUAUUGAGACAUGCGAAUAUGCUUUCACUUUGAAAAAGGAUGAAGUCUGCGUCAAUCCAUAUCAUUACCAAAGGGUGGAAACACCCGCAUUACGCCCUGUCCUUGUACCAAAGGUAACACCUGCUGCUAUGCAAGAUAAUACCAACCCACCUCCAAGUUACCCAGCUUCACAAGAUAGUUCAAGCUCUUAUAUGGACCAUAGCUUUAUAGGUAACAUACAAAGAUUAUACAGAAUUAUACCCUUUACAUUCUGGUUAAUGAAUGAUGCUCAGUUAGUAACUUACACAGAGCCUGAAAACUGGUGUUCAAUUGCAUACUAUGAACUAAAUACGCGAAUUGGUGAAUAUUGGAAUGCCUUCCAGCCAACGCUUAUAAUAGAUGGAUUUACAGAUCCUUCAAAUUCUGAGCGAUUCUGUUUAGGGCUGCUGUCGAAUGUAAAUCGCGAUCCUACCGUCGAAAUGACUAGACGAGAAAUUGGUAAAGGUGUCCGUUUAUGUUACGUUCAUGGUGAAGUCUUCGCAGAGUGCUGUAGUAAGCAUGCAGUUUUCGUUCAAAGCCCGAAUUCAAAUAGACGCUACGGUUGGCAUCCGGCAGCUGUUUGUAAAAUACCUCCUGGAAGCUCUUUAAGAAUAUUUAAUAGCCAAGAAUUUGCUAAUCUUCUUUCUCAGUCGGUGACACAAGGUUAUGAAGCCGUUUACCACCUUUCUCAUAUGUGUAUUAUCCGUAUGAGCUUUGUUAAGGGUUGGGGCGCUCAGUAUAAACGUCAAACUGUUACCAGCACUCCUUGUUGGAUAGAAAUUAGAUUAAACGGUCCUUUACAUUGGUUGGAUAAAGUUCUUUCUCAGAUGGAUUCUCCAGAUAGGCCAAUUUCUUCACAAUCUUAG